AUGUUACUCCCGGCGCUGCUGCAGCAGCUGCGCCGAGAAUUGCGGCUUGCGCCGAUAGCAGCAGCAACGGCGGCUGCACAGCAGACAGCAGCAUGGGUGCCUUGGCACCGGCAGCUGGCCACGUCCGCAGCAGCACUCCAGGCCGCAACCAACGCAGCCGCUGCUGCCUCUGCAGCAGCGCGCGCGCCCCCCGCGGCGUCGAACGCGGCGGGCAUCGCGUACCCCAAUCUGCAGCCGUGGUCGCCGCCCGCGCCCGACCACCUGCAGUCGCGGCGCCGCGGCUACCGCCCGCCCCGCACCGACCUCGGCCGCCGGACGCGCGGGAUGCUGCUUGCGCGCUACCCUUUCAGCAUCGACUACUUCUCGCCGAAGCCUGUGUUCUUGCACAGCCUCGACGGGCGGGUGCUGGCGCAGCGAGAGCUCCCCGGGGACAUCUUCAACGUGCCAGUUCGGCUGGACAUUCUGCACAGGGUGGUGCGGUGGCAGCGCGCCAAGGCGCAGCAGGGCACCCACAAGGCGAAGGACCGCUCAGAGGUGCGCGGCGGCGGCCGCAAGCCGUGGCGGCAGAAGGGCACGGGCCGCGCGCGGCAGGGCAGCAUCCGCGCACCGCAGUGGAGGGGCGGCGGCGCCGUGCACGGGCCGGUCCCGCGGUCGCACGCGCACAAGCUGCCGAAGAAGGUCCGGCGGCUCGGCCUCAAGUGCGCGCUCAGUGCCAAGGCGCAUGAGGGGCGGCUGCUGCUGCUCGACAGCCUACGGCCCACUGAGCCAAAGACCAAGGAGCUCGCCGCCAAGCUGGCGCGCCUGAUGGCGGGCCGCCCGCGCCGCAGCGCGCUGCUCGUCGACGCGGCCAAGGACGGCGCAGACGGCGGCGCGGUGCUGCGGCGCGCGGGACGCAACCUGGAGGGCGUGGACAUUGUGCCGGCCUGCGGGGCCAAUGUGUACGGCAUCCUGCGGCGCGACGUGCUGAUCUUGACGCAGGGCGCCGCCGACGCGCUCGCCGCGCGGCUGCGCGCGCCGAUCAACCGGCUCGGCGCGGCGGGUCGCGCGCACGAGGCGCGCGUGCGGGCGGCGGCGGAGGAGCGGCGGCGGCUGGGGCUUGCGGCGGAGGGGGAAGAGCUGGGAGAGCAGCAGGAGCAGCAGCAGGAGCAGGAGCAGCAGCAGCAGCAGCAGCAGCAGCAGCAGCCAUGA